ACAGCGCGAGGCUCCGUGAGAGAGCGUGGGGAGAGAGCGCCAGGAGAGUGCGGGGGGAGCGCGAGUCGAGCCCCAAGGCUCGGGACUCAAGAAGAGGAGGAGGGGGGGCGACCCCCACAGAGUUCGCGGCCUCGCGGCUGCAGAAGCCACCGGGAGGGGAUAGCGGCCCCCGCGUCUCUCGCUUCCCCGGGCCAAGCGCAGGUCUCACAAUAACCCGUAGGUCUCGCGCGGAGCAGAGCCACGGCGGUCCAUCUCCGGCGGGGCAGCUCCCCCUUUCCUCUGUGCCGCCUCCUCCACGGCUGCGACCAUGUGGCACGAGGCGCGCAAGCAGGAGCGCAAGCUGCGGGGCAUGAUGGUGGACUACAAGAAGCGCGUCGAGCGCCGGCGCGAGUACUACGAGAAGAUCAAAAAAGACCCGGCACAGUUCCUGCAGGUGCAUGGCCGGUCCUACAGGGUGAACCUGGAUCCAGCCGUGGCCGUGGCAGCAGAGAGCCCGGUGAACAUGAUGCCCUGGCAGGGCGACUCAAACAACAUGAUUGACAGGUUCGACGUGAGAGCUCACCUGGAUUUCAUCCCCGAGUUCAAGGGCCUGGCUGCCGGUGACAGCGUCUGGGAGGAUGGGGACGAGCGCCGGUGCAACUACGAGCGCUACCGCUGCCUCGUGCAGAAUGAGUUCGCGGGAAUCUCGGAGGACCAGUGUCUCUAUCAGAUCUACAUGGACGAGCUGUACGGCACGGCAACCAACCCCCGCAUCCUGGAGGAGGAGAAGAAAAAGCUGGCGGAGAAGCGCGCAACCAUCGGCUACACUUACGAGGAUUCCUCCCCGGCGGUCGCCCCCGAUGACGCCAUCCCCUCCUCCUCCUCCACGGCCACCGCCGCCGCCUCGUCCCACGGCAACAACAACAGUGGCGGCAGCAGCAGCCACGGGCCCGGAGCGCGCGGAGCGGAAGAGCACGGGGAGGGAGCCGAUCGAGACGGUGGCGGCGACGAGGAGAAGGAGGAGGACGACGACGACGAAGAGGAGGAGGGAGAGGAGGACGAGGAGGGGGCCGGGGACAAUGGCGGCGAUGGAGACAGCAGCAGCAGCGAGUCCGACGGAACCAUCCCCGACAUCGACGUGGAGGUGGACAUCGAUGAGCUGAACUCCGAGCAGAUCGCCGAGAUGAACAAAUGCGCCACCAACUACGGCAUGAGCGACGCCGACUACGUCCGGAUGCUCCGGAAGGACAAGGAUGAAAUUGAGGCCAUUAAGUACGCGAAGGCCCUCGAAGAGGAGAAGUCUAUGUACUCGGGCAGGAAGUCGCGCCGUCAGCGACGCGAGUUCCGGGAGAAACGGCUGAAGGAGAGGAAGAUUAGCCCUCCCAGCUACGCGAGGAGGGACAGCCCGACCUACGACCCCUACAAAAGGUCGCGCUCGCGCAGCAGCUCGAGCUCGCGCUCGUGCUGCGCGUCGCGCGACCGUCUCGGCCAGAUCACCUUCAUCACCAGCUUCGGGGGAAGCGACGACGAGGGGGCCGGCGGGGCGGCCGCGGCCUCCGGCGCCGCGGCGGGGGGCGCCGUCGCCGGGAAGGGCGGCGCCGCCUCCUCCUCCGCCGCCGCGGCGACUUCAUCGGCAACCGCCAGGGCCGGAGAUCGAACCCACGCCGGGGGGACGCAGAGACGCGCCGGGGGAGGGUCGGCGGCGGGGGGGGCCGCCGCGGCGUCGCGCUCCGGCAAGGCCAACGCCCCGGCGCUAAGUGAUAGCGCCGCGUCCCGGAGACGGCGCUCGCGCUCCUCGUCGAGCCGGAGGUCGCGCUCGCGCUCACGCUCGAGCCGUCACUGGCGCCGCCCGGCACCGCGGCGCCACCGCUCCCCCCCCCACUCGUCGUCACACGAGCGGCGCAACCGCUCCCCCUACUCCUCGCGGUCGCGCGCCCCGCGGCGCUCUCGCUCCCGCUCCUCCGAACGGUUCCCUCGGCAGGGCCGCCGGGCCCACAGCCGCACCCGGAGCCGGACCCGGAGCCGGACUCGCAGCCGGAGUCGGAGCCGGAGCCGGACUCGCAGCCGCAGCCGGAGUCGGACUCCUCGGACUCGCAGCCGGAGCCGGACUCGCAGCCGGAGCCGGAGCCGAUCACGAAGCCGGAACCGGAAUCGGGGAAGGGGCCAGAUGAGCGGCGGCCGUGGCCGGGGAAGCGGGCGCAGUCGGUCCCCGCGCAGUCGCUCCCCCUGCUCCCCCGCCCGGCCCCCGCGCGCUACGGCGCUCAAGCUCAGGGCCCCCCCCCCGGCCUCGGCGGUGGGGGGGGUGGCAGCGGCCGCCGCCGCCGCUGCUGCUGCCGGAAUCUCCACCGUGGCGGCGGCAUCCUCCUCCUCGUCGGGCUUCUCCGGGAACCCCCCGGGCGGCACGGCUGAGGCCGUCGGGCCCAGACUUAAAAAGCCGGACACACCGACUGGUAGAGAAACUGGAGCUGCCAAAGCCAAGAUGACGCCGCGGGAGAGGCUCAAGAUCAAGAUGCAGAAGGCUCUCAACAAGCAAUAUAAAGCCGAUAAGAAGGCCGCACAUCACAAACAGGCACAGCAAGCCCAGGAGAGAGAGGAGCGCGAGCAUGAGCUGAGGGCGCUGGCUCGACGAAUGCGACAAAAGGAGAGGGAGAAGGACCGCGAUGAGUGGGACGACGAUCGGCACGACUACCGGGAGCGCCGCAGCCGCUCGGGCAGCCCCAAGCACGGUCGAGACUACGGCUCCUCCUCCUACAAGUCCAGGAAGUCUCGGUCACGGAGCCGCUCUCUGUCACGCUCGCGCUCCCGCUCGCGAUCACGGAGCCUCCACCGCUACAGCCGCCACUAGGGAGAGACACGCGGAGUCACCGGUGCGACGGGGUCCUCGUGAUCGCCACGGCGACGAGGUCCUCGGGAUCGCCACGGCGACGAGGCCUUCGAGGUCACCGCGGCCUUCGAGGUCACCGCGGCAACGAGGCCUUCGCUGUCACCGCGGCAACGAGGCUCUCACUGUCACCGUGGCUACGAGGCCCUCGUGGUCAUCCUGGCGACGAGUCCCUCAGGGUCAUCGUUGCAACGAGGUCCUGGCUGUCACCUUGGCGACGAGGGCUCGCGGUUACCGUGGCGACGAAGUCCUCGGGGGACUGAAGCGACUGAGGCCCUCGGCGAGGUUCUCGCGAUCGCCGUGGCGAUGAGGCCUCCAGAGUGACUGCGUGGCGGCAACGAGACCUCGGUUACCGUGGCGACGGGGCCUCAGGGUGACUGUGGCGACGAGGUCCUCGGGGUAACCACGGUGGCGAGGCCUCGGGGUUACCAUGGCAAUGAGGCCUCGAGGUUACCACGACUACCUGGCCCUCGGGGUAACCACGGUGGCGAGGCCUCGGGGUUACCACGACAACCUGGCCCUCGGGGUAACCGCGGCGACGAGGCCUCGGGGUAACCGCGGUGUACGAGUAACUGCAAUGCUUUGAUGGGGGGGCGGGGGGGGCUGCUGGGGGGGUGGUGACCGCGCCCCAAUUGUAAGUGCUCGUCUUGGUGUAACGAUGGCCGCCCCCCCUCUCGCCACACGCCCACCCACCAACCCGCCUGCUCGCUCACCUGACAACUCAAACCACUCGAUCACCCAUGAGUCCAUCUGCUCACUUUCCCACCCGCCAUCUCACCCGACCGCUCGCCAGCUCGCCCACCCACCCACCAGCCUGCCUGCCGCUGUAGAACAUUGCUCGCCACCGGUGUUAGCCGUGGCGAGCAAUCGGAAUUUGCCUCACCGGUUUCACAUCACGGUGCGCUCACCACUGCGCCACCGCUCCACCCCAGCGCCUCUCGCCUCCCUCUCCCCCGUCCGGGUUAUUGCACUCGGGCGCCUCGCCUUCACACGCACAUGGCAAAGACGAAGAUCCCCCGUAUAGCCACGACGCACUGUUUGGGCAAGUGCUGUUCGCAAGCACCUAUGACGGGUGGGUGGCCAUCGCCACGCCUGGCCCCCUUUGUCUCCCCAGUGACGAUUACACACCGCACCAUUUUUGAGGCUUAGUCGAGCUCGGGGAGGCCCAGGAUCGGUUCAGAUAAUCGUCACCGCUGUGGGAGGCCGUGCCGCCGGGUUCCAUCGACAUGCACACUGACACACUCACACUGACACACUCACACUGACACGCUCACACUGACACGCUCACACUGACACGCUCACACUGACACGCUCACACUGACACGCUCACACUGACACGCUCACACUGACACGCUCACACUGACACGCUCACACUGACACGCUCACACUGACACGCUCACACUGACACGCUCACACUGACACGCUCACACUGACACGCUCACACUGACACGCUCACACUGACACGCUCAUACUGACACUCACACUGACACGCUCACACUGACACGCUCA